AUGCCUCCCGGACCGUCAUCGAAGCCGGCAAGAUUUGACGCCCUGUUGUUGCUGCGCGAGAUCCAAUCCGACGCCACGCCUUCUACCGUAGCUCCCGAAAACGAUGCCGGUUCGGAUCAAGACGAAGACUUCAUGUCAGACAAGUUUCUCGCCACCACCGAGGAGAAACAACCUUUGACGUACUCAGAUAAACGUAGACGGCUCGAAGCGCAUCAUGCUACCGCGUCGAAAUCGGGGAGAUCGAUCAGGGAGCAGGAGGAGGAAGCACGUAAGGAGGGAUUGGACAGAGACUUGUUGGCCGAAGCGGAGAUCGUCGCAGGUGGAGGGACACUGCCUCCGAUAGGAAAGGGCGGAGUCAGGAGGUGGGACCUGCUGGAGAGGGAGGACGGCGGGGAGGGAGGACUGAGUGCGAGAGCAGGUGAAGCCAGUGGAGGACAAGAUGGGACGACAAAGGCGAUGCGGAUGAUGUUGGCCAUGGGGUACAGGCGCGGCCAGGCGCUUGGAAAGCGGGUGCAGGGCUCAGACGGGCAGGAGGAGGAGCAAGAGGUGGAAGAAGAGGAAGAAGACGGAGAAGACGGAGACGAAGCAACACAGCACAGCGCCAGACCUGGCGAGGGAGGCCCUGCGGAUGAUGCAGGGACCCCUCCCCUGGACAGCGAUGAAGAGCAAGAAGAACAGAAGGAAAGGCAAGCCUCUCAAGAAAGACAAGCGGACGAGUAUUUGACAGGCGGACCAUUCUCAACUUCCUCUCCUUCCGAGGCCAACUCGAUGAGCAAGGCGGCAGCAUCAGCGUCAGCACAGCUCGAGCCUCUACGACCAGAUCAGCGCUGGCUCGGCCUGAACCGACGAGCAGGGAUUGGGAUGAUCACCCAAACCCCGGCCAAGAUAUCCUCCGCCAUUCGAGCUAAAGCAUCGUCGUCGUCCACCAACACCGCAAACCAGUCUGCCGAAGAAUACGAUUUCCGCACGCGGAUUUCUACCGCGCAUCAACAGCGUCAUACCUCCAACCUCCUCUCACGAGCUCGUCAAACACUCAUCCGACUCGACCAAUCCUCCUCCAUCCAAUACAAUCCGCUCUGGCUCAACAGCGACAUCUACCAUCUCUUAACCGGCCACACGCCCGUGUCGUCCACGUCGUUCGCUACGAUCGACGAACGCAUGCAGACCGAUCCAUCCUUCCGCGAAGCAGUCGAGCUGCUUCAAUCCGCCCUCUCGAGCUCACAACAAGAACAGCAGGAGGAAGCAAAAACUUUCCUCGAAUUGGACGCCAAGCAACAGCUCGAGCUCGUAUUGGACUGCCUGAGAAGAGAUCAUUCGUAUUGCCUCUUUUGCGGCUGUCAGUAUUCGAGUUCGGAAGAGUUGCACGAGUCGUGUCCUGGAGAGGCUGAGGACGAUCAUGAUUGA